AUGAACGGCCCGUUAUUCCUCAGCCUUCUCUGUCUUCCGUUUGUCACCGCAGGUAAGGUGUUUUAGCAUAGCCCAUCAAGGACCGUCAUUAUUCAAUGUAAUGAACUCUUUCAAUGCUAGACUUACCGUAUUUUAGUCAUCAAUCCGGAAUGUCAAGAUCUGGAUCCGGGAUGUCGGGAUUGGGUAAGUAAUAGUCGAGAUCAAUGCCGAGUGCAAGGCUACAUCCAAAGUAAAUGUCCCAGAAGUUGUCACAUUUGUAUGAAAAUUCCGGCGAGUAAGUCUUCGGGUUUAAGUGAGAUGAUCUAGGAUACGACGAACUCCGUGUCCCUGCCAAUCUCCGGCCAUUGGGUUGGUUGGUGGGAAUCUGGAGGUCGGAACAUGAUGGUAAAGCCUUCUUCCCGACCAUCCCCAAGUUCACAUAUGGCGAACAGAUCGACUUCAGUGUGCCCGACAAUCAGUUAACGGCCAGACCUGCAUUCAAUUACACCGCCUUUGCAUGGAGUAUGGAUGGAAGUGAGGAACUGCACAGUGAGAAUGGCUAUCUUGUCGUUGAGAAUGGGAGGUUCGCGUUAACGACAGUCAUGAGCAAUGGUAAGAUCAAUAAUAUUGGUAAUCACUGGAUAUUUUAUUAAAUCACGUUUGUUACGCAACAAUUCAGGUUUCGUAACCGUGGAAGAAGGCGUCUUGUCGGGACAAAAUCUCCGUUUCCGGUUGGUCGACAUUGGUCGUAUCUCAUUUAGCAGAGACCUCCCAGUACAUGAUGUAAGCCAGCCUUUAAAGAAACUUUAAUUUAAUAUAGUUGGUUCGGGAAUGGCGUCUUAUCAAUCCAAAUACCCUGGAGGCUCGUCUUUCGAUGGAAACUUUAACUCAUGGAAUGCGCGAACAUACGACGAUCGUUUACAAAAAGAUCUUCCCUUAG